CUCUGGAACAUGCAUCAUUAAAGAUCUUGAUUCCUUCCAUUUCUGUGGUUCUUUUAACUUUUCCUCCUAGUCAUCAGGUGACUAUGGCCCCAGGGUGCGUGUCUGGGUUCAAGCUUCCCCUGAAGGUCCCCCAGCUCCCUUUGUCUUGCUGGCCAGCCUUCACCCUGACUCCCGCCACCUCUGUGGGCAAGGGAGUUCAGAAAAACUCUGACAAAAGGGAAGGAUGUGGUUGUCAUUGCCCUAAACCCAAAGUCAUGUCAUGUGUUAGAAGGGGAGAAGGCUGGGACAGUGUUUUCUCCCAAACCGACCCUGCCCCAAGCCUUCUCUUUUUCCUCGAGCAGAACAUCAGCUUUCCAAGCCACAUGUGGUAUCUCAGUUAGAGGUGGCAGAAGACUUCUGGCCAGAGGAAAGAGGAAUUCUUCAAGACACCUUUCCAGAAUGUCCUAAAGUUCCACUGGGCCCUCAGAUGAAGUCUCUUCCUGCUGAAAAUCCCCUCACGAAGAUCAGGGUGGUUGAGGUCCUCACACUGAACCAGGAGAUGGCUGGUCCCCGAAAUGCCCAGAUCCAGGCCCUCUAUGCUGAGAAGGGGGAACUCAGCCCAGGCAUCCUCAGGGAGCCAGCCCAACAGACAGGUGGGCAUCCAGCUGACCCUGAAGCUGCUCGCCAGAGGUUUCGGCAGUUCCAGUAUGAGGAGUCAGCUGACCCUCAGAAGGCUCUGGCCCGACUUCGUGAGCUCUGUCGUGAGUGGCUACGGCCCGAGGCACGCUCCAAGGAGCAGAUCCUGGAGUUGCUGGUGCUGGAGCAGUUUCUGGGUGCUCUGCCUGAGAAGUUCCGGACAUGGGUGGAGUCACAGCAUCCUGAGAACUGCCAGGCCGCCGUAGCCCUGGUGGAGGACAUGACCUUGCUGUCGGUAGAGGAAGGACUCCCUGUCCAGGGGCCUGCCUGCUGUCCAGAGGUCAUUGCUCAGCAGGAGAAGGAACAGGAGGAUGUGGCCAUCUGUCCAGAGGCAGUGCCGAAUGAGGAGCCUGUGACCUUCCAGGAUGUGGCUGUGGGCUUCAGCCGGGAGGAAUGGGGGCUGCUGGGCCCGACACAGAGGACUGAGUACCAUGAUGUGAUGCUGGAGACCUUUGGGAACCUGGUCUCAGUAGGGUGGGAGAGGACGCCGGAAGGCAAAGAGUUAGCUCCAGAUUCUGCUGUUCCUGCAGAGAAAGCACUUCCUGACCCCAGAAUGAGAGAGUCCUCAGGAGAAGGUAGCCAGUCCUCCCCCUCAACUGCUGUCUCACAGGGUGGGGUCCCCAAAGCCCUGGCCACCGGGAACCGAGUGGAGCCUGCCCAGGAGAAGGGCCCCUCUCGGCACCAGCUCCCUGAAGGCCCCCGAGCUCCGGGAGCUCGGGCGGACGCCGGACCUGACCCGAGCCACGGCGUGCCCCGGAAAGGCCCUCCCAGAAGGCGCCCACGCCCCCAGGGCCCUCGGGUGACCAGUGCGGCGCCCGCGACCUCCCCGGGGAGGCCACACCAGAGGGGCUGUGGGAGGGGGCGAGCCGGAGCGGGCAGCGGCUGUCGGAUGGCCGGGGGCCAGGCCGGGGGCAAGGGCGGCGGCCGGCGGGCCCUGCAGAUCACCUUCAUCCGGAUCCACAAGGGGAGCCAGGUGUGCCGCUGCAGCGAGUGCGGGAAGGUGUUCCGCAACCCCAGGUACUUCUCGGUGCACAAGAAGAUCCACACCGGGGAGCGGCCCUACGUGUGCCGGGACUGCGGCAAGGGCUUCGUGCAGAGCUCCUCGCUCACGCAGCACCAGAGGGUGCACAGCGGGGAGCGGCCCUUCGAGUGUCGCGAGUGCGGCCGGACCUUCAACGACCGCUCGGCCAUCUCGCAGCACCUGCGCACGCACACGGGCGCCAAGCCCUACCCCUGCCAGCACUGCGGCAAGGCCUUCCGCCAGAGCUCGCACCUCAUCAGGCACCAGAGGACGCACACCGGCGAGCGCCCCUACGUGUGCAAGAAGUGCGGCAAGGCCUUCACCCAGAGCUCGCACCUCAUCGGGCACCAGAAAACGCACGGCAGCAAGAAGUGCAGGAAGAGUCAGCCUGCCUCCUAGCCUCCGCCCGGGGGAGCGCCGAGCCCGGACUCCCUGCGCCGGACCCGGGGAAGCCCACCCAGCACAGUCCGCGUCAGUCGGUGUGCAGACUCGGGGAAAGGGCCCGAGUCUGUGUUAUUUAUUCUUUAUCUGGUCAUUGAAAAGAACACUGGCUGGUGCUUGGUCCACCUGCAGUCCCAGUGACUGCGCAGGCUGGGGCAGGAAGAUAGCAAGUUCAGGGCUGCCCUGAGCGACUUAGGAAGGCCCUAAGCAACUUGGCAAUAUCCUCCUAAAAAGUUUUGAAUUUGAAAAGAGGCUGAGAGGUAGCCUAGCAGUAGUGACCUGAUUUCAAUCCCUACUACACCCCCCCCCUGCA